AUGGAAAAAACUGAAAUUCGGGCAGUGAUAAAAUAUCAAUAUUUGAAAGGCUUAAAACCUCAAGAAAUAAUAAAUAACUUCAAUAAAACUUUGGGUUCCUCUGCUCCAUCGAAAACAACUGUUUACGAUUGGUAUAAUGAAUUCAAACAUGGUCGUUCAAGCACAAGUGACGCAGAACGUUCAGGAAGGCCAAAAGAGGUCUCAACUGAAGAAAUGAUCGAAAAAAUUCAUGAUAUUGUGAUAGAAAAUGGUAAAAUCAAAGUUCGUGAAAUUGCUAACCGUGUAAACAUUUCUUAUGAACAUGUUUUUAAUAUUUUACACAGACAUUUGGAAAUGAAAAAGCUUGCUGCCAGAUAG